CCAGUCCACCCGGUACACUGACCACCAUAAUUCACAAACUCCACUUCUCUUAGUACCUAGUGUUGGUCAAUAUGCGCUUACGUAUACGAAGUACGAAGAAAAUUCUCAGACCCAGACUCAGUGGCAGACUAGACGUUUGUUGAGUAUCAUCGGUGAACUGAAAAAUGAUGCAACGCACGUGGUGAACGACAAGUGAGAGUGUUAUGGUGGAGUAAAUGAACUGAACAGAUUUUCGGAUAAUCUCGGAAAUGUGGCUGAAUGUGAUAUUCCCUUUCACAGGGUAUUUUAUUGUUGUAGCUGCCACGAGAACCUGUAAUCCGAAAUCUUGUGGUGGUGAAGCAGAUGAUCAGAAAGCAGUAUGUGGUUCGGACGGUCUAACCUACCCAAAUCGUUGUAUUUUUGCAUUAGCACACUGUGAAAACCAGAAUCUGACUUUAACGAAGAGGGGACCCUGUAAGAAGCAGCGAACCUGUUCAGAUUGGCAACUCGUUUUAGAAGACAACCCAGCGUACAAUAAUAGAGACUCUGGACGAAACGAGAGUGAUAAAGUAGUUAUAACAUGGAAAUUCCAAGCUCUGGACCAAAAUAAUGAUAAUGUACUUGAUAAAGCUGAGUACAAGGAUCUCAGAAAAAUUGUCAAAAAAGCAGUAAAACCAAAGAAGUGUGCGAGAAACUUUCCACGCAGUUGUGAUAUCGAUAGAGAUGACCGAAUUAGUUUACAAGAAUGGGGAAACUGUUUGACAAGAGAUGGUCGAAUGGAUUUAAACGUUUCUUUGCGUGUGUUCUUGUCGCUGAAUGCAGACGGGCAUGGCCAGAACACAUACAAUGAUAAUGGAGACUACAAUGAAGAUUACGGAGAUUCUUUCAGCCCGCAGAAGUCGCCGCCGCAUGGAGUCCUUAGUUCGACGGUAGUGGGACCAAUGGGCAGUUAUGAAGACGAAUCAGCUGACGUGGCGGACGAUCCGACUGAUUGCUUCUCUGACAGAACAACAGCUAUGUCUGAAGGUGGUCAACCAUAUGUUCCUGAAUGUACUCCUGAUGGUCGAUACCAUAAG